UUGAAAGGUGAACCUAGUUGAUCAAUUGAAGGUGUGAAAACUAAACUGCUAAAAGGCUUAAAUACAGCAUUUUACGAACAAUUAGCUGUUGUGCGUUUUUCUUCAAUCUGACCAAUCGCAGGGCUCCAUUCUGUAUGCCUGAUUGUUCAGGUGCCACACCGUACACGUUCUAAGUACGUAAUGCCAUAGGGCAACCAGCCACAAAGUGCACCGCCACCGCGGGGCCGACCAGUGGGCAUCUCUUCUCCCCUAGGACAGGCACAUCUACCUACCUACCUAGGAGCUUCCUACCUAACUGUCCAACAACCAGCAACCAAUUUUGCGGAUAGCCUCGACACAGCGUCGACACAAAUCCUCUGCCAGCUUAUUUUCAGCCUCCCUUUGUCCUCGGGCCCUCGUUUACUUCCUCCCCACACCACCACCCAGCCUCAAGAUGGGAUCAGCAGGGAAGAGUCCGCUGGUCUCAUCGCAGCCUUCGGACUCUGGACUGCGCGUUGUCCUCCACCCCCUCGUUCUUCUCACCAUCUCGGAUUACAUCACGCGACACACCCUACGGUCACAAGAGGGCCCGAUAGUGGGCGCCCUGCUAGGCCAACAAAAUGAACAAGAGAUCACCAUCCAACACGCCUUCGAAUGUGCCACCGUAGAGCAGGACGGCGAUGUCAUACUGCACGCCCAUUGGUUCACGCAGCGUUUGGAGCAAAUGAAAACCAUAUACAAGUCCCCCCAACUCGACCUGGUCGGCUGGUACACGGUGCUCCCCAAGAGCGGGCCGACCCCGGCUGUUCUGCCCAUCCACAACUGGAUUUCGUCGGAGCACAACGAGUCGGCGCUGCUGCUCGCCUUCCACCCCGAGGAGGCCGUGCAGCGCUCGGCGGGCAGCAAGCUGCCGCUGACGAUCUACGAAUCAAGCUACGAGGCCGACGAACCGCCCAAGACGGACCAGGACGACGACAAGGAGAUGCGGGACGGCGAGCCGCCCCUCCCGCUGAGGUUUCGAGAGCUGCCGUACUCGGUCGAGACGGACAGGGCCGAGAUGAUCAGCAUCGAGUACGUCGCGCGAGGCCCCGGCAACGCGACGCUCGUCCAGCCGCGGGAGCAGAAGAAGGCCGCGGCCAAGCCUGUGGCCUCCGUCUCCGCCUCCGCCGCCGACCCCAAAGGCAAGCGGCCCGCCGAGCCGGAGGCCCGGGAGAAGGGCCAGGAGCCGGACGAGCACAUCCUCUCGCGCGAGGAAGAGGAGACGAUCGCGGCGCUCACGGCCAAGGCCAACGCCGUCCGGACGCUGCAGUCGCGCGUGAACCUGCUGACGACGUACCUGGAGCGGCUGCCGCCGUCGUACCUGUCGCCGAACAGCGCGACGGACCUGGCGCCGGCCCAGCAGACGACGCCGUCGCACGCCGUCCUGCGCGCGAUCCGGGCCCUCGUCAGCCGGCUGCCGCUGCUGGCGCCGCCCGACGCGGCCGCCUACGCGCUCGAGAUGCUCCGCGAGGCCAACGACGUGCGCCUCAUGGAGCUGCUCGACGGCGUCCUGCAGAGCGUCGCGGACGCCCGCGAACUCGGCAAGAAGCACCUCGUCGUCGAGGCCUCCAAGGCCCACAACAAGAAGGUCAUCGACGGCCGCCCCGGCAACCUCGGCACCUUCACCUUCUCCAGCCUCUCCGGCCCCGGCGAUCUCGCCAUCUGACCCGUCCCAGGACUAGUGAGGCACACGGUAAGGGAGGUACGAUGGGGGAUGAGUAAGAGCAGGAGUACUAUCCGACGGGGAAAACCACUCCGCAGUAUCGUUUUCUGCAUUUGCACGGCGAACGGGGCGUUGUAUUCGGUAAAGCCACGGAGUUUCUUUGUUGGGCCAUCGCUAGCCGGCGAUCGAGGGACGACGGGCAGGUGGGCGGGGUUGUCAACAAGGCACCGAGAGUAUGUUUCCAAUGUUUACACUAGACCGGAAAAUAUGAGCCAGAGUUCACGUUAAACCCAU